GAAGUAGCGCGCAAAGCAUUGUGGGAAGGAGGUGAAUUGUUCGUGUUGACUCCUCCAGGCCACACAAAGCACUAGAGUGCCGAAUAAAUUCGGUCAUUUUCAUUGAAUUAAUCACUAAAACUGAGUAAAAACUAGAAUAAAAGUGUUGGCUGAACCAUGCCGAAUUUCUGCGCGGCUCUGCACUGUUCCAGGAUGAGUUCCCACUCUGUGUUGGCGUUCUUCAGGUUCCCGCGGGAUCCGGAGAGGUGUAAAAAGUGGGUAGAGAACUGCAGUCGGUCAGAUCUGAGAGAUAAAACGCCAGAACACCUGAACAAAUACCACAGACUGUGUGCCAGACACUUCGAGCCUGAUCUGAUCUUAAAAACUAGCCCAUUCAGGACAGUUCUAAAGGACACAGCGAUACCCACAAUCUUUGACCAUCCCACUCGCAAACGGGCAAAUGAACAGGAUGAAGAAAACACGCCACAGGUUAAAGUUCAGAGAGUGGAGGAGAAUCAGGACAAGGAUGUGGAGAAGUCCACAGAAAGUGUUAACGGCCAGGACGCUCCCGAAGAACCCCAGGUGGUGGAAAAGGACUGGGAUCAGCACGAGUAUCUGCGCUCCCUGAUUGACUUGGUGGUCAUGAUGGGGCGGCAGAACAUCCCCUUGCAGGGCCACUUGGACAAAGACUCGAGGAGCAAAGCCUUCACUCCCACCAACAUCCAGGCACUGUUGGAGUUCCGCAUCAACGCCGGUGACGAUGCUCUCCGGAGGAGGAUGGAGACGUCACCCGCCAGUUUGGAGUCCACACAGCUGCAUCAGAUCUUGGAGGUGUGCGAGAGGUGCCUUUGCAAGGAGCUGCUCUCCGAGGUGAAAGAGGCUCGCUUUUUCUCUCUGGUCAUGGAAAACAUUGUGGAGAUCGCUGGGGAGAGUAGAAUCCCCGCCUUCAUCCGCUUUGUGGAUCAGAACAACUGUCUGCGUGAGGAGUUUUUUGGAUUCCUGCUGUUUGAAGGUGAUGCUGAAAGCAUCGUCACAAACCUUUGUGCUGAAAUAUCAGAGAAAGGGUUGAGCAUGGAGGACUGCAGAGGGCAGGCGUACUUCAGCACCGGCGUCCAUUCUGCCAAAGUGAAAGACGUCGCUACCAAAUUGAGCGAGUGCUUUCCCUUAGCGGUUCUCACUCCCAGCUCUGCCCACGCCCUAAACAUCAGCCUGGCCAACAGCAUGCACUUCACAAGCGUGCACCUCGUCAUGUCCACCCUAAAGAGGAUCGACGCCUUCUUCAGCAGGUCUCCUCUUUUGCUGGAACAGCUGGAGGGCGCCAUUUCGAUUUAUUACCAGGGGAACGAGGAGAAGGCAAACGUCCUCAAGCAGGUGUGUCGUACUGACUGGACGCUGCAGCACGACGCCUUCGAGGUUGCUGUCGACCUCCUGGAGUCUCUGCUCCUCUGCAUGGACAGCAUUCAUGACAACGAGGAGCUGAAGUGGAGCGACGAGAUCUCGCACGAGGCCUUCGUGGUCUCAGAGGCGCUGGCGGACUUCGAGUUCGUGAUGGCUCUGGUUGUCUUGAAAAACACGCUCUCGUUUUCCAGGGCGUUUGGGAGGAACCUUCAGGGACAAACCAGCGAAGUCUUCUUUGCCGCUAACAGCUUGCCGGCCGUCCUGCAUUCGCUCAACGAGGUCCUCGAGAACAUUGAGGUUUAUCACGAGUUCUGGUUUGAAGAAGCGGUCAACCUCGCUGCCGCCUUGGAGAUCCCCGUCAAAAUCCCCAGGCUCUUCUUUAGGAAGCAGCGUCCGGACGCUGGAGACGAGAUCCAACCCGAGACCUACUACAAAGUCCACUUGACGUUCCCGGUCGUCUCUCAGGUAAUAAAGGAGCUGAGCGAUUUCUUCUCUGCAAAUCACCUUAACGCACUUCGGUCCCUGUCGUUCGUCCCGGCGAUCAUGUCACAGCUCAAGUUUAACACGGAGGAGAACAGCGCCGACGUCUACAAGAACGACCUUCCCAACCCCGAUACGCUCCCCACUGAGCUCAACUGCUGGAAGAUCAAGUGGAAGCACGGCACCAAGAACGUCAUGCAGCCCUCCACCAUCUACGAGACGCUCCAGCUGUCUGACGUCAAGUUUUUUCCCAACGUGUGUGCGCUCCUCAAAGUCCUCCACUGCCUCCCGGUGCUGUCGCUCAUAGAGGAGAAGUGCAGCGAGGCGAGGAGGCGUCUGAUGGCAUACCUGCGGGACACGCCCCCCAAGCACAGACACAAGAGCCUGGCGCUGUUUAACGUCAACUGUGCCGUGAGGGUGGAUGUGGACCUGAUGAUGGAGGCGUAUCUCACAACGUAUCCAGACAACGAGACGACGGAGGAACCUGCAUGAUUAACCCGACAGAAAUAAGAAUUAGUCUGAUGUAAUAUUCUAGAUUUUGACGCAGAUUUGGAGGCGUGUUGUUAUGGGACCCGGGGCAGAGUUUAAUCAACCAAUCACAACCUCUUAUCACAUAACUCCUGGGCAUCAGCUUUAAAUCUUAUCAGCCUGACACGAGCCUAGUGGCCUGCUUUCCUUCCUUCUUUCUACGUCAACCUUCAUUAUUUUAUGUUGUUGUUGUUUGGUAUUAUUUCUCCUAAACCUACUUUUUUCCCCUUGUACAUCCUGGGAGUGUGUGUGUGUGAGUAUGUGUGUGUGUGUGUGAGAGGUAUUAAGGUGCACUGGAAGUGAAUAAGAACUGAACAGACUCUUGUGUUAUAAUGUUUUGUUAAAAACCAUUUCUGCUAUUUUUGAUUACUCAAUGUGGAUUAAAUAAAUAUUUUUACUUUAGGCA